AUUGAGAGGACACCUCAGAAGGAUUAGAGAAGCUGAAAGCAUGCCUGUGGUGCCCCCCUUUCUGGCUGUAUUGUUGCUUCACCUGGCUGUGCUACAAGGUGUUGCCCACUCAGAAGCAGACUGCGGUCAGAAUGGGUCUUGGAUUGUUGGGAGGAAACCAGCCAAUACCGGAGAGUGGUCCCAGCUGAUCAGCAUCCUGUACAAUGGCGAGCACUUUUGCGGAGGCUUCCUCAUUGCCAAGCAAUGGGUGGUGACAGCAGCUCAUUGCGUGAAUGAGAGCAUGAGCAACUAUACAGUGUUGGUACAUGCUGCCCAUCGGUUUCAAAAUUUUAUUCAGUGGUACCGAAAGAGAACCACGAUGAACCAGAUUAUUCCCAAUGCUAACUUCAGUGGCAACAAAGGAUCCAGUGGGGAUAUUGCUUUAGUGGAACUGUCAUCACCUGUAACUUUCAUCAGCAACAUCCUUCCCAUCUGCUUGCCUGAUCCUUCUGCUCAGUUCCCCAAUGGAGCAAACUGCUGGGUCACUGGAGGGGGACAGAUUCAGACAGGAGUUGACUUGGGAUACCCACAACACCUUCAGGAACUGGAGGUGCCGAUCAUAGAUAGAGACACUUGCAAUUAUAUCUUCGGUGUUGCUCCAGAGGCUGAUCUGGGGCCCAACCCAGUCAAGGAAGAUAUGAUUUGCACUGGUUACGACGAAGGGGGACAGGAUGCCUGCCAGGUUGACUCUGGGGGACCCGUGGUUUGUGAAAGUAAUGUAGGUUGGGUAUUGGCAGGGGUUGCAAGCUGGGGAGACGGCUGUGCCCAAGGCAUCCGUCCUGUUGUCUUCACCUCCGUGCCUUACUAUGCUGACUGGAUCUCCAAAUAUAUACCCAACAUGACCUUUGUGGAGUGCAAGAAUUGUGAUAGGAAUGCUGGAAAGAAGAUUGGACCAGAAAAGGCCUUCAGUCUGUUGCCCCUCCUGGGAUGUCUCAUGUUUGCUCUCCGGUGAGAUAUUCGUUUCUCUGCCUUCAGGCUGACAACUCACCCAGUGGAAUUUCCUUCUGCAAUGUGCAUGCUUUAGCUAUGUCCAAAGCUACCACAUGCAAUGGGAAGCUUACCCCUGCUUCUGUCUUUGCGCAUGCAAUCCAUUCUGAUCACAUCAAAAUCAUUUACCCCAAAGAAUCUUGUGAAUUAUCAUUUGAAGAGGUUGCUGAGAAUUCAUCUUCCUUUGGGAUUUCUCAGCCAGGAAACUUUCAACAGGAGCCGGGACAUGUCUUGGA